GGCUUCAUGAAAGAUGAUUUCCGUUGUAUGUUAUUGACAGUCAGUGACGAUUGACGGGACACCAUCAGCUCAGUUGCCGUUGAUGGACCAUCCCUAUGAAGAAACAGGGUUACAAUGGGACAGAGUACCUCGGAACAAGAGUUCCAAGGAGACACCCCCCAGGACAAGUUUAAUAACAUCAAGACAUUGGUGGAGGAGGAACUACAGACGAGCAUGAUGGUGGGCAUGGUGAUUGGUGCAGGCAUCGCCAUAGUUCUCAUUGCCAUCCUCAUCUUCUUCAUCUUGCGAAGGAUCCAGCUUCGAAACCUAGAAGCUCAGGAGGCACCCAAAUACCGCUUCCGCAAGAGGGACAAAGUCAUGUUCUACGGGCGAAAGAUCAUGCGUAAAGUUUCCCAGUCUACCUCUUCCCUCGUGGGCACAUCCUCUUCCUCUCGGCCACGCCUCAAGAAGAAGCAGAAGAUGCUCAACAUUGCCAAAAAAAUCCUGCGCUUUAAGAAAGAGGUGCCCACCCUUCAGGCUAAGGAGCCCCCUCCUUCAGUGCUGGAGGCAGACCUCACCGAAUUUGAUGUGGCCAACUCCCACCUCCCCUCCGAGGUGCUCUACAUGCUCAAAAAUGUCCGUGUGCUGGGCCAUUUUGAAAAGCCCCUCUUCCUGGAGCUGUGUAAACACAUGGUGUUUCUGCAGUUCCAGCAAGGGGAGUACGUCUUCAGGCCAGGCCAGCCUGACAGCAGCAUCUACGUGGUUCAGGAUGGAAAACUGGAAUUGUGCCUUACUGGAACGGAUGGCAAAGAAAGUGUGGUUAAGGAGGUUUACCCGGGAGACAGCGUCCAUAGCCUCCUGAGCAUCCUGGAUGUCAUCACAGGCCACCAGAAGCCUUACAGAACGGUGUCGGCACGGGUUGCAGAGGUUUCCACUGUUCUCCGCUUACCUGUAGAGGCCUUCCUGUCUAUAUUUGAGAAGUACCCUGAGAGCCUGGUGCGAGUAGUACAAAUUAUCAUGGUUCGUCUCCAAAGAGUAACAGUCCUAGCCCUCCACAACUAUCUUGGACUCACCAAUGAGCUCUUCAGCCAUGAAAUGCAGCCUUCGCGUCUGCCACCUCAGUCACCCCACCCAACUCGCACCAGUCCCAUCCGCCAUGGCAAGCGCUUUGGCAGCCUGACAGUGCCUGAAGAGCAUCGGGAAGCUGCCAUUAAGGGUGAAGCUACAGGAGGAGAACAAGGGAAGGAUGGAGUAUCAGGGCCAACUCUUUGCAGGACCAUCUCCAUGCCUGUGGACAUCGCUGGUAUACAGAAAAGUCUGAGAUCUGACUUUGACAUGGCGUAUGAAAGGGGGCGGAUCUCUGUCUCUGCAGAGGAUGGCAACACUCCUCCCACCUUUUCACGGUCUGUUUCCCAGGACCAGCGGGAGAGGAGGGUGACAGUAGAUGAGGUUCCCUCAGGGAUCUACCUGUAUCCAGAAGAAGAGCCCGGAGUGGACAAUAUUUUUACACCUGUAUCCAGUCGAUCCAGUGCUGCUCUUUUUGAGGAAGCUCAGAAAGAGGUCCUCAAACUCAUGAGGAUUGAGGACCCAUCUUUGUUAAACGGGAGAGUGACUCUGCACCACGCAAAAGCUGGAGCUGUCUUAGCCAGACAGGGAGACCAGGAUGUGAGUCUGCACUUUGUCCUAUCUGGUUGUCUGCAUGUCUACCAGCGGAUGAUCAACAAGCAGGAAGCCGUCUGCUUGUUUGUUACCCACCCGGGGGAGAUGGUGGGCCAACUCGCUGUUCUAACCGGGGAACCCCUCAUCUUCACUGUCAAGGCCGUCCGAGACUGUACUUACCUCAAGAUCUCAAAGUCGGAUUUCUAUGAGAUCAUGAGGGAGCAGCCCAGCGUGGUGCUGAGUGCAGCCCACACAGUGGCCAUCCGCAUGUCCCCUUUUGUCAGGCAGAUGGACUUUGCUAUUGACUGGAUGGCUGUGGAGGCUGGCAGAGCCCUCUACAGACAGGAGGACAAGUCAGACUGCACCUACAUCGUUCUGAAUGGACGUCUGCGUUCAGUCAUUCGUAAGGCAAAUGGCAAGAAAGAGCUAGUUGGGGAAUACGGGAGAGGAGACCUCAUUGGAGUGGUGGAGGCUUUGACCAGACAGCCAAGAGCUACCACUGUCCAUGCUGUGAGAGACACAGAGCUGGUCAAACUGCCCGAGGGAACACUCAACAACAUCAAAAGACGAUAUCCACAGGUGGUGACGAGGCUGAUCCACUUAUUAGGGCAGAAGAUUCUGGGGAACCUGCAGCAGGGUCGCGGGCCAUUCUCAGGUUCAACCCUGAGUCUGCCCAGUAUGACAACUAGUCCAGAUGUAACCAACCCCGCCAGCAACCUCUCCACUGUGGCUGUGCUGCCGGUAUGUGAUGAGGUGCCGAUCAAUGCGUUCAACCUGGAGCUCAGCCAUGCCCUCAGUGCAAUUGGGCCCACUCUGCUAUUAACCAGUGACAUAAUCAGAGAGCGUCUGGGUGCUUCUGCUUUGGACAGUAUCCAUGAGUACCGUCUGUCCGGCUGGCUGGCCCAGCAGGAGGACAUCAAUCGGAUUGUCCUGUACCAGACUGACAACAGCAUGACCCCGUGGACUCAGCGCUGCAUUCGCCAGGCUGACUGCAUCCUCAUUGUCGGCCUGGGGGACCAAGAACCUACCCUGGGAGAGCUGGAGCAGAUGCUGGAGAACACAGCAGUCCGGGCUCUGAAGCAGCUGGUCCUUCUGCACAGAGAGGAUGGGCCGGGCCCUUCCAGGACAGUUGAGUGGCUCAACAUGCGUAGCUGGUGCUCCGGGCAUCUGCACCUCAAGUGUCCUCGCAGGGUCUUCUCCAGACGCAGCCCCAGCAAACUGAGGGAGGUAUAUGAGAAGGUGUUUGAGAAAACAGCAGACAGGCACAGUGAUUUUUCUCGGCUGGCCCGAGUCCUGACUGGAAACAGCAUCGCCCUGGUGCUGGGAGGAGGUGGAGCUAGAGGCUGCUCUCAUGUGGGUGUGAUCAAAGCUAUGGAGGAAGCGGGGAUUCCUAUUGACAUAGUGGGUGGGACCUCGAUUGGCUCAUUCAUUGGUGCACUGUAUGCUGAGGAGAGGAGUGCUGUCAGAACCAAACAGAGAGCUAGAGAGUGGUCCAAGGCAAUGAACUCAGUUUUUAAAACAGUCCUGGACCUGACAUAUCCCAUCACCUCCAUGUUCUCGGGAUCUGCUUUCAACACCAGCAUCUAUAAAGUGUUCCAGGACAAGCAAGCUGAGGACCUGUGGCUGCCAUACUUCAACGUCACCACUGACAUCACGGCAUCAGCCAUGCGCGUUCAUCAGGAUGGUUGCGUCUGGCGCUAUGUUAGAGCCAGCGCCUCCUACACCCCCUAUUUACCUCCCCUGUGCGACCCCAAGGAUGGCCACUUGCUUGUGGAUGGUUGCUAUGUUAACAAUGUCCCAGGCUCUCUGUGGCGCUAUGUGCGGGCGAGCAUGACCCUCUCAGGGUACCUGCCGCCUCUCUGCGACCCCAAAGAUGGCAACUUGCUAAUGGAUGGUGGCUACAUCAACAACCUGCCAGCGGACAUAGCAAGGAACAUGGGUGCCAGAACAGUCAUUGCCAUCGACGUGGGAAGCCAAGAUGAGACGGACCUCUGUAACUAUGGCGACUGCUUGUCUGGCUGGUGGUUGCUGUGGAAACGGAUCAAUCCCUGGGCAGAGAAAGUAAAGGUACCAGACAUGGCAGAGAUCCAGUCUCGGCUGGCAUACGUGUCUUGUGUGCGGCAGUUAGAGGUGGUGAAGAAGAGUGCCUACUGCGAGUACAUAAGACCACCCAUCGACCGCUUCAAGACUAUGGACUUCGGCAAGUUUGACGAGAUCUAUGAUGUGGGCUUCCAGCACGGCAAGUUGUUGUUCACUGGCUGGGCCCGGGGUGACAUCAUCGAGAACAUGCUGAAGGACCACCGUUCAGCUGACUACAAUGACAGCAAGAGAACUGAUUCCUACACGAGUCCAGGGGCUGACUUCACUGACCUCGCAGAGAUUGUAUCCAGGAUAGAGCCGGUCCAAAGCUAUGUAGCUGCAGAAGCAGAGGAGUCAGACUGUCUGACGGAGUACGAGGAAGACGGGAUGGACACAGUGAGAGAGGAGGAGGGAGAGGAAGAGGAGGAAGAGGCAGAGGACCCUGAGGACCACUCCCCUGGAGAAUGGGGGCAGAAUGGGGUCUUCCAGACUGAUGAGGAGAAAUCUGUGAGGCAACGCAGAAAAGUCACCAAUGACUCCAACACCUCUGAAGUCUCCGACUGCUGACAAAGGGCUUCUGAGAAGUGGAGGGAGUUUAAACAAGAACAAGGGACAAAUUACGGGUCCAUAAAUUGUAAAGGCUAGAGACGUAGACGUCACACUCAACUCCUGCAACUUCUGAAACUCUGAAAUUCUGUUUUUUGUUUGAAAGGAUCACAGUUAAUCCCCUAAACUGCUGAACCUCCUUUGCAUCAAGUGGCUUCCUCCUCGCUCUCACACUGUCUGCAUCUUCGGAUCCCACCAUCACAAAUGAACCCCUGCCUGCCAACUCAAAAACACGCAACAUCCAAAACUGGGGCCUCCCCCAGCAACCAACACUACAAAACAUGUACACUUUAAACUUCCGAUUCACCAAUUCAAAUCGCCUGCAUGGCCCAUCAGCAACUCCCAAUCUUUAUGUACGUCUCAGUAUGUAAGGCUUCGUUGCACUCCAUCGUUGACAUUUUGAUGCAUUACAUAGUCCAUUCACUUCUUUUGAGCGCUUGUUUGGAUGAGUGUGUGCGUAUGUAUUGCCUGUGAGUUAGGGUGACUGGUUGGUACGCACCUGCAAAGCUGUGAUUUGUUGAAAUAGUAGCAGGACACUGAAAAGAAAAGUAAGAAAUACAUAAAGUAGAACUGUUUUUAGUAAGAGUUAGGUAAAUUUAGCGUAGAUGUAAAGUAGGGAGUCAAGUAGGGGAAGCUACAGGAAGAGCAGAUGUUAAUGUAGACACCAAAGUAGAGUUUAUGUUGAAUGAAAGGAGGCUGGACCAGUGUAAGGAAGCAGGACAAGGGUGGAUUAAUAUUUAAAGAGAAAGAUGUGUUAAUGAAUGCUGUAGAAAGUUUUGAAAUUCGGGAUUAAGAAGAUAGAGAGAUAAAGGUGUGUAGACAAGAAAAGAGAUGGACCUGUGAGCCAAGUGUUUUCAUUUUAAUUUAAUUUAUUUAAAAUUCACGCACAGAACAGUAGAGUGAGCUUGAUGCGCUGUAGGUAGACUAAACUGAAAAGGGGAUGGAGAGAAUGUGUAAUGGAAAAGAGGGAUGAAUGAGAUGAUCUCAGAGAGCAGAUGAUAUGGUGUCUGCGUUGUUGAAAUUUUGUGUUUCAGCUGUUUUGUUUGAGAGGGUACUCGAUAAAGAUGAUGCCUUUUUCAACCAGUGUUUGAUCCACUCACAGUGAACGGUGACUUUGGAGAGGAGGGUGAUCAUUCUACUGAAACUAUCCAACGAACCAGUGUGGCCGGCCUUCGCUUGCGCAAGGCCACACAUACAGUACUUGGGGUUCCUGCGUAUAACUGUGACAUUUAUGACAAAAAAAGGU